ACCAUGUCGGGUUCUUUGCUGUUGCUUUCCUGGCAGCACCUGUCUUUAUUUUGAGCUCUCUGGUUCUUGUCACAGUUGGGUUUUGUUGUGUGGGGCUUUUCCUUCCCCCAUAACUGAAACUCUCAAUCCAGCUACAUCCAGCCUAGGCAAUGGGCAUGUGGGGUGAGCUUAGGGUAUGGCACUUUUUUUCCCAUUUUUGCCUUGUAGAGAGCCAGGAUGAGAAGGAGAACACGCUGCUGCAUGCAGAGCACUUUGUGGUGGAUGCUGAUGCUGUUAGCCACGGUGCAGGGAGCAGUGUGCUACCUGCAUUCCCAGGCACAGCCAGACAAGAAAAAGUUGAGGAUGACUUGGGAAUAGAAGACAGGAGCAGCUCUGUAAAGGAGGUGGAAGAAGAUGGGGGAUCCAGCACCCUGCAGGCAGCUGGGUCGUCUUCCCAAGGCUCCGUUGUCGUUGAUGGCCAGCACGGCUUUGCCUCGGCGUUUGGGCAACCAUCGGAUUUCUGCAGGGACGCGAAGGUUGGAUUAGCACAGGAGCCUGCGGGUCAGUCAGGGUCACUGGAGCACUCUGAGAGUUACUGCCCUGCUGGGACAGAAAUGGAGGCAAAGAAGGAAGAAACCAAGCAAGCAUCCAGUGGAGUGGCUGGAGCUCCCUGCAGGCAGGAGGAGAACGGCCCGGCCCCUCACCGAUCCGGAGGUGCUCCAGCCAGUCCUGCAGCUCAGAAUUCCUACAAGAGCUCUACAGUCCUGGAGUCCAGAGGCAGCCGUGAUGUGGCCAGGAGAGAAAAAUACUUACCUGUCAAGAAGAAGCCCCGCACCUUCUAUAGUGCAGAGCAGCUAGAAGAGCUGGAGAGGAUGUUCCAGGAAGAUCGCUAUCCUGACAGUGAGAAGAGGAAGGAGAUUGCAGCUGUGGUUGGUGUGACACCACAGCGUAUCCUGGUCUGGUUUCAGAAUCGCAGGGCAAAGUGGCGGAAACUGCAGAAGUUGAGUGUAAAAGGCAACAAAAAGUAUCCAGCAUCAUCAGCUCUGUCAGUCCCCUUUGGGUCAGAGGGUUAUGGGGCACCUCCUCUGCCUGUGCCUCUGUUGCCUGGUGCUGCUGGAGACCAGCCUGCCGUGCUGGGAGGAGACCCUGGAGCUGGGAGCUCCUCCAGCCUGUUCAGCACACACCUUGCAUCCCCCACCUCUGCCUCAGCCUCCUCGGUGGCAGGAAUGGUGGCACCCUGUGAAGCACAAGCUCAGAGCAAAGCUCUGCAGCAGCUGCACCUCAGUUCCAGCGGCGUGGAGCGCUUCCCAAGCUUCCCCAGCCCGCCUCCCAUCCGCAGGGCCGGGCUGGCGCUCGGCGUGCCCUUCCAGCCCCACAGCCACCUUGUUCCCCUGAUGCUGGACACGGCCAGCAGCGAGUGCAGCUUGGCCAGCCAGGAGAAUGGCUCCGGGGAAGCCUUCUCCUACGACGUCCAGAGCCAAGGCUUCAGUUCUCCAAUUUCCUGCCCUUACCCGGAGCAGCUGGAGCCUGCAGAGAACCUGGAGGCUGAAUACUGUCAGUACAGCAGCCAGGGGGGAAUCUAUCAGCUCUCCCAGUUCUGUCACCAAGGUCACCUGGGCAGCAAUAUGUUCUCCAGUGACCACCUUCCUCCUUCAGCAUCCCUGGAGUCCCAUCCAGCUUUCCCUGACUUACCUGGUGACAGUGGAGCCAUAACCUAUGGAGCCACACAAGACUAUGAACAAAACCACACAGUGGGACUGCUCAUGUCACAGCAGCCAAGUGGCAUUUCAGCAGACAUGCCUGCCUAUCCAGCUGUGUCCUGGAGUGAUGUCUACAUGCAGGGAGCGCCUUUGUCCAAUCAGCUGCAUUCCCAAAUGUCUUUUUCUAGCACGGCAGAAAGACAGUACUUCCCAGAGCCGUGUCUCCUUCAAGUGCCCAAUGGAACAGUGCUGGAAUCCAUGCCACAGGCUGGAAAACAAAAGGGACUGACAUCACUAGAGCAAAGUUCCUUCCAGAGCCACCAAACGGAGCCAGAGUUGGCAGCACUCGCUGAAAAAGAGGACAUAGAGAGCAGCAGGAAGAAAGGAGAGACUGCUAAACUAAUGACUGAUGCUGCAUUCUGAGAAAAAAAAAGGAAGAGGAAGAAUUGCUUUUUAAAACUGCAAAAUAAGAAGAGUCAAAAAAGGAGAGAUUAAUAUUUUUUGCAACAGAUGCACUUUUUAAUUUCUUUUUUUGGUUGUAUUUUUUUUCUUGUUGCCAUGAUUAUUUUCUUGCUGAAGAAAGAAGCAGGGCUAUUUCACUCAAAAGUUCCUGCUCUUUUGUUUUUGGUUUUGUUUUGUUUUAUUUUUUCUGCAAUUCUCCUGACUUUAUCCUUAACAAAUUCUAAUCUUGACCAGCCCUCAGACAAGAAAGAGCUGAUCUGGGAACCAGAGUCCCAUGGGUGAAAAUUCUAGAGAGUGCAAGUGUCAGAAGGUCUGUCUGCUCUCCUGGAAUACAGGGAGAGAGGAAUCAAGAGGAAUAAGAUACGUGCAAAAUAGGAGGAGAAACUCCAGCAACUACACCUGAUUUUAGGGACUCCAAGACAGCAAAAGAAGUGUUGUUGGAAGUCCACCAGUGAUUUAGUGUUUGCUAGCCUUGAAUUACUUCUAAAGAAAUUAUUUUCAUUGUAAAACUAUAACAAUAAACAGCAGCAAGACUGUAACUAUAAAUGCUGGCAGUGUAGCCAGAUCCCUGUCUAUUAUUAAUUGCUUUAGUAUCACAUUUGAAUUGAUCUGUUUGAAUUUGGCUUGAUCGUCUCAGCUCCUGCUUUGCCUGGGAAACAGAUGAAAUGUGUCUGUAAAAUCAGUGGUCAGCAGCAGGAGCAGAGGACUCCAGUGAAGGGAUUGUUCACUCUUGAGAGCUGCAGUCCCUAGGAAUUGUGCUUCCCAGAGGAGCUGUAACCACCUGGAUGUGUAGGAUGCAUAAAACGAGUGGCUAAAAUGGAUGUCAGGCUGUGUUGUUGUGAGGUAAGACCAUCGUGUUGGAGGAAGAGGGAUGUGCAUUUCCUUUGUUAUUUCCUGUGUUUAACCCUAAGUCUUUCCACUGGCUUUUAGACACAGGCAAUGCCCAAAUCAUUUUUACAUGUACUGUGAUGUGGGUGCCCUUCUUGUACCUUUUGAAAUUAGGCAUUACCAGGUCUUCUGUUUUAGUUCCUCUGCAGUCUGGCCAUGCAGUGUCUGCCAGGAGCUGGAUGCUGCAACUCCCUUCUUUUUCUUCUUCUGUAGAACACUGGUUUAUGUCUGGCAGUGGCUGAACACUGCUGAAAGACUAAGCAGUAUAGACAGGGACAGAUUUUGAGUCUACAGCUUUGUGUGGCUAUUCCCGAAUUUCCAUUUCCUACAGCAGAAGUUAAUUCUUGCCUGUAAUAAGCUGAGAAUAGUUGGGAAUGUGCAUUAGUUCACACUUGUUUCACUCAUCCUCAGCUGAACAGCCUAAACCAAUAUUUCCAAGAGGUGUGAAUAGGAGUUUUCAUUGCAAUUACAAGUCACUCUGAAAGCUGUUGGUCGUGACAAAUUCGUCAUAGUGAGGGCUGGCUGGGAAUCUUGCCUGGAUCCCAAACCAGCCUUUCCGGGUUUCAAAGAGUACAAAACCAACAGCAUGCCAGCUUGUUCAGCUCUGCCUGCCCCUUCUGAUAGAAUGAUAAAGAAAAUAAUUUAGUGUGCUUUUUGAGAAAUGCACAUUUAUAGCAAUAGGCUUUUGGGAUGUGGUCUGGUGGCAGAGUCCCCACCCCAGCUCGCAUCAUCUGCCAACAGCAUUCCCAAUCCAAAUGGGACACUGAGCACUGAGUUUUAUGUGCUGCAGUCUCAUAAGGUUUGGGGAGUAAAUGAGCACAGUGAAAUGUUUUGAAAUGUCCAAUCUUUUGCAUUUAAGCUUUUGGGUAAAACAUGAACUUUUCUGGGAAUGGUCCGAUUUUAUUUCCAUGUUUAUACGUUAAACUUGCCAGGUUCAGUUGGGCUUGGAGUUUUGAACUGGGAUUUCUUUGCUGUCAGAAAGAGGAGGAAAGGGUGGGUACAUGGAUGGCCAGAUUCAUCCUCUUUGUGCUCCUGCUGGCUUUGGAGCCAAACCAGGGUUAACCAGAGGCAGGAUUUUUUUCCCUCUGGCAGAAGCAGUGAUAGCUCUUGACCAUGUGGCAGGUGUCCCACCAAGGUGCAGAGCCUUCCAUCCUCAUGUGACCCUCCCUGUUGCACCUGCAAUCCGUGCUGCACUGGUAUCUUGGAGUCCCAGCAUUCCAGGCUCCUCGUGCUGUUCUCUCUGCUGCAAUUUGUACUGGAAUUAGUGUGAGUUUGACAAGUCACCAUGGGUGCUUUCAUGACCUAUUCUGUUUUCAUGUUAAGUCUCAAGAAUGCUCAUUUUGUUAGGGUGGGCAGGAUCAAAAUUCCAAAUUCCAGGGCUGCCUGACUGGCACCUCCUUUGAAGUGUGGAGAAUUGUUUUUCCUGUCUGUUGUCAUUUGAACUGGAAGUGCCAAGCAGUCAGGAUUUUGAAGUGAGUCAGACUUGGUGCAAACAGAGAAAGCCCUGUGUGUUGUCAGGUGUUGCUGGGGGUUUUUUUGAGUUGACAGGGCAGAUUGUGGUUGUAUUUCUGUUGGACUUAUGCAGUACCAUGGCUGGAAGACUGGAAAUGGGAGUGAGAAUGUUAUCACAAACUUAUUUUCAGAGAAGAAAAGCACGGUGAGGUUUUAUACAAUUGCCCAAAGUGUAGCUGUUCAGCUGACAUUGCACAUAUGUGUGUGUCCAUCCCCUAUUUGCAUAUUUUAGCAUAAUUAUUUUUUAAACUUCUGCUACUUAAAUAGCUGAAGUGUAACCAUGUGAAUUUGUUAUAUUAAUCUUUUUCUGUGUGCCUUUGCCAGCAAAAAGACACU